GAGCUGCUGCUCAUUAACGUGGCUCCUCUUUGAAUUUGGCUCCUGCCUCAGAGAACAUGCGCAGUGCGCAGCAGCGCUGCCUUCAGUCAGCGGAGCAGCUGUCCAGGGUUUGGAAUUCCAACAUGGCAGAGGCUGUGGUCAGUCUUCCCCUCACUAACUUGGAAUGGUUUCAAAUGGCGAGCAGCCGCGUUUAACCCCCAGCGAAGCCGUUCGUCUGCGCCCUCAGCACCGGAUCGAUGCCGCUGUGAAACCCGGACGCUUCCCCUCUCCCCGGUCACCUACACAGCUGCAGGAAAGAAGAAGGAGAGAAGAGAAGAAAAGAAGUGCCUGUAAUGAGAAGCAACCUUUGGAAUUCCUCCUCGUGAAAAAUCCGAUUCUGCUGUUUUUCCCCCUCUCUUGUCUUUAGGCUUGAAGACAUGAUCACUAGCACCAGUAUUUAUGGUCUAAAGAUGCAGUGGACCCCAGAGCACACACAAUGGGCAGAGCAACACUUUGACAUCUCAUCCACUACCCGCUCACCAGCACACAAAGUAGAGGCCUACCGGGGGCACUUACAGCGAACGUACCAGUAUGCAUGGGCAAACGAUGACAUCUCUGCAUUGACUGCCUCCAAUCUGCUCAAGAAAUAUGCAGAGAAGUACUCUGGGAUCCUAGAGGGCCCAAAUGAAAGAGCCCUGCUGUGCUCCUACUCCGAUAGCACCACCGGACUCAUGAAUGGACGAAAGUCAGAGAAUGAGUCCUGGCAGGAGGGGAUUUACGCAAUGAACUGUGCUCCAGAUGUUAUAUCUGUGAGCAAAGCUGGAAUGACAGCUGCCCUACCCCCUACAGAUGUGUCGGCUAGCAUAGGCAGCUCCCCAGGGGUUGCCAGCAGCUUGUCUGAGCCUAGCUAUUCCAGCAGUAACUGUGGGAGCCACACAGCCACUACUCUCCACUCGGGCCUCCCCUCUCAGGAAUAUACCGCCAGCUACAACGGCUCCUACCUACACUCUAGCUACAGUGGCCAGAAUACCCCAGCCCUGCCCUCCCCACACCCUUCCCCUUUGCACAGCGCUGGGCUCUUACAACCACCGCCCCCACCUCCUCCCCCUACCUUAGUGCCGAGCUACAGCGCCGGGUCUCCAAACCUUCCCAACUACAAUUAUCCUCCAACAGGGUAUCCUUCCCAGACUGCUGUUGGCCCUGGUUAUAGCCCUGGGGGAGCACCCCCUCCUUCUGCUUAUCUGCCGUCCGGUAUUGCCGCUCCAACACCAAUCCCCCCCUCCACACUGCCGGGCUACACCUACCAGUCCCAUAAUCAUACGCCGAUUGCACCAACACCUUUGAAUGGCAGCACAUCCAACUCAUUAAAACGAAAAGCUUUCUACAUGAGUGGACAUGGAGAUAUGGACUCCAGCUAUGGUAAUUUCAACUACAACCAACAGCGCUCUUCACAGAGCCCAAUGUACAGACUAACGGACAGUGGUGUGUCAGACUCAAACAGGGGCAAUGGCUUUGAGAGAAAUGCUGAAGCUUCCUCUUUAGCGUUCAAGCCAACCAAGCAGCCAAUGUCCUCUGAUCAACAAAGAAAAUUUAACAUGCACCCUGGCAGAGCACUAACCCCUCCAUCCUAUGGAUCAACCAAAAGCUCUGUGGGGGACCUCAGAACCGGAGAGCCCUACAGCAAGUUUGGAUCUCCCAUCAUGAGUGAGCAAACUGAAGAGCACAGACAGCACCUCUCUCACUCACUAACAGGGCCUGACAUCGGUACGGCUACCUCGUCCAUCCACGCUGCAGAGGAGCAACUUAAGAACAGUGAUUCCAACCUGGUGGAGAUGGUAACCUCGGAAAUCCUUCAGCACGGUCCUCCGGUGGACUGGAGUGACAUUGCAGGUCUGGAUAUGGUCAAAGCAGCCAUUAAAGAGGAGAUACUAUGGCCCAUUUUAAGGCCAGAUAUGUUUAGUGGACUUGCCACAUUACCUCGAAGCCUCCUUUUAUUUGGACCUCAGGGAACGGGUAGAACGCUGCUGGCCCGAUGCAUGGCUAGCCAACUGGGGGCUGCCUUCCUGCGACUCAGCAGCUCAAGUCUGGUGACUAAGUGGCUGGGCGAAGGGGAUAAGAUCAUCCAGGCUUCGUUCCUGGUGGCCCAGUGCCGCCAGCCGGCUGUGGUGUUCAUCAGUGAAGUGGACCUGCUGCUGUCUGCCCAGCUCAGUGAGGAGAGCCCGGUGAAUCGCCUCAAGGCUGAGCUCCUCAUGCAGCUUGACAGUAUUCUGACCUCUGCUGAGGACCAUGUCCUUGUGGUCUGCUCCACCAAUAAGCCGGAAGAGAUCCCAGAGUCCCUUCGGAGGUACUUUACCAAGCGACUGCUUAUCCCUUUGCCUGAUGGGACGGCUCGACACCAGAUAAUCAGCCAACUGCUCUCACAGAACAACUACUGUCUUAGUGACAAAGAGAUGUCACUACUGGUUCAGAGGACAGAGGGAUUUUCAGGACUGGACGUGGCCCAGCUGUGUCAAGAGGCUGUAGUAGGUCCUCUCCAUGGCAUUCCUGGUGCUGACCUGUCAAGUAUCCAUCCCAGUCAGAUGAGACUGGUCUCCUACCAAGACUUUGACAAUGUGUUCUGCAAAUUCCAGCCUAGCAUAUCACAAAAAGAACUUGACAUGUACACUGAGUGGAAUAAAAUGUUUGGUUGUAGUCAGUGAAAGAGACCCAUCAAACACGAUUUCUUUAAAACCAAUAAUUAAAUACAAAUAAGUAUUUGGCCUUCAGUGAACAAGACAAAUAAACAGUGGGGACAUUAACACAGAGUAAAGGGAUUGUCAGUAAAAGACAGAUGCAUAUCUGGAUACCACAUAUUUGUAACAAUUAAUUAAAUGCUUUACGUGGCUUAAGCCAUCUGCUCACUAAAACUCAAAAGACUUGUAGAAGAUA